UUAGACAUUUUGGGGGAGCUGCUCAGCUGCUGAACGAAGCCUCCCCUCCUGCACCAAGUAAACCUUGAUCUUCGUCUCUUUCUGAACGUGUGCCUGUGCAUUUCAGCUCUCCCGUUUCCCCCCGUUGAAUAGCCAACUGGUGCAAAGUGAAAAAGAUAUUUCCGUGUGGAAGUUACAGUCGCAUCUCGCUGGACAUUAGCUGCCUUGUUUUGUUUUCACCGAAUCUGGUCAACGAGGUUCGGCUGUGAUGGCUGACUUGAGCAGCGGGGUCGUGGCGUCUGCUGAGCACCCGGCAGUCCGAGGUGGAGCCGCAGGAAAAGCAACAUCAUCUAACGUCGCGUCAGGAAACGGAAACUGGGACGGAGCAGGUGGGAUGGACCAGAUAACGGUGGUGAGAAUAGACGACACCCACAUCGCAGAGGAGCAGUCUCACGUCGGGGGGAAGCUCAAAGACGACGCCGUGGACUACUACGAGGUGGAGUACUCGAUGCCCGCAGAGGAGGAGGUCGUGGCGGAGGAAGAGGAGGAUGGAGUUUAUGUUAUAGAGUAUUCAAACCCUGAGGAGGAGGGAGAGAGUUAUCAGUUUACAAUGUCUGUAGACAGAUCGCUCCCAGCCAAAAAGCAGGUGGUUAUACAUCCGGCGGCGAGAGAAAACGCAGCAGCUCCUUCACCGGUGACGUCCAAACCGUCCAGACCGUCCAGGCCGAGGCAAGAGGUGAGGAAGAGGAAGAUGGUACGAGAGGAGGAGGUCAAAGAGGAGGAAAUAGUGAGCAAUAAGAGCGUGUUAGAGCUCGGGGAGGACUACAACGACAUGAUGGGCUCAGGUAAAAGUCAGCUGGUGUGCUCGCUGUGCCCGCCGCCCGGCAAGUUCUUCAAGAGAGCGUCGGGUCUGGCCUGUACAUUUAAAACAGAUGCACCUCAUGGAGGGGAAGAAGACGUUCUUCUGCACGUCCUGCAACCAAACUGUUCGCACUCAGAUCGAGCUGGACGCACACACACGACGCCACGCCAACCAGGACGCCGUCUUCACCUGCCUCCUCUGCCCGGCGGAGACGGAAAACAAACCGGACGCGGCAGAGAAGACGGGGUUCAAAGGGUCGAAGUGGGGUCUGAGGAGACACCUGGAGAAGGAGCACCCGGGCGUCAUCCCCCGCUGCGACAUCUGCAACAAAGGCUUCAAGUCGCUCGUGUCGUACCUCGCCGAUCAGUUCAGGCACGUCGGAGUGUCGCCGUUCUACUGCGCCAAGUGUCAGAUCUACGAAAUGACUGAGAGGGGUCUGAGCGUGCACAUCAAAAACCACGACAAGAAGAAGAAGAAGCAGGAGCCGGCCGAGAACCACCUGCAGACGCUCGGCAGUCUCCGCCAGCGCCGAAAACUCAGCCACAGACGACUCCGACUUCUGACCUCCCAGAUUCCACUGCUCUUUCUCUGUGUCAGUGUUUUUACAGUGAAGCAGCACCAGCUCAGUGACCUCCUCUCUGUCAGAGUCAUGUCUGACAUUAUGCAUCUUUGACCGGUCUGAACCGAACAUGACCGGUUAUAUAUUUGACAGCCGGGGCUUUUAUUUACCUCAGUGUCAGAGAGAAUCAAGCUUUUAUUUGGACCAGAAACUUUCAAAACUUCCCCUGUGUUGAGCUGUCGUCUUAAUAAAUUCAAUAUAAUGUCCAUUUCCAGCACUUAUUUCACCAUCAGAGAGGUGUUCAUGAAUGCAGGUUUUUCCCCUCAGUGUUUUAACCUGGCCUUUGUUUUUUUAUGCUUAGCUGUUAUUUGAAUACUUGUGUCUGAAUGAGAAUUUACAGUAUUUCAAAAUAUGCCAUAACUUGUGCUGUUGGGUGGAGUCUCCAUCCUGUAGCAUCCAUCAGUGUCACGUGUAGAAUAAACACAGUUUUGGUCUCAGUGGAAACUAAAGGACAGCGACAUUUUCUCCACAACCGGAGUUUUGUUUUUGUAAUUUUUGCCUCCAUGUAAAUAUUUAACAGCAUGUCCCAAAUCCAGACUACAAACCAGACUCACCUGUAGAGUCUAACGCAGUCAAACACAGCUGUUCCUGCCAUAAAGUCUGCUUCUAACACCUGUAACGUUCAGGGGGUUUAGACUGUUAAUUCACUCAAAUAGAAAUAGUGUUUGGCACUGAGGUCAGUGUGUUGUCAGUGUUAUGACCUCAGUAAUAAACCUGUAAGUGGACUGACACGUUUCCAACAACAUCAACAAAAACUCAAGUGAAUAAUCUUUGUAAAAGUCGACUGUAUUAGAUUGUACAGGUGUUGCUAAUGCAGUAUACAUACUGACCACGCAGUAGAUUUACUUUGCUGGCAGAAAAAUAAAUAAAUCAAGCAGUUUUUUUUAACAGGAAACUGAACUUUACAAAUCAAUAACAAAUUGUCUUUUUAAAGAUUUAACGGUUUUUGUUUUCCAGUUUUUUUCUGCAGCUGUUUCAACGUCACACACACUUCAUUUACAUUUUCCAGCUGUGAGUGUUUCUGUUGUACUGACUGUAGUUAAUGUGCACUCGCUCUGGUUUCAGUUCACGUCAUGUUGUCUCCCGUGCACAGUGAACACACCACAGACUGAAACCUGUUGUAUGGACUCAGGACACACAAGCUGCGAUUCCUCUCGUUAUACGAACCGUCCUGGACGUUCACGUUUCACUUUUAAUCAAACAACCCAGAGCACUUAAAGUAAAGUACUUACAGAUGAAUAAAUAGUGAACAAUAACUCACUUUAUUUCAGUCAAAUAGUUCAGUUUCCCCUUCAAACUUUUCUUAAAACAAAUCAGAUUCGACUUCUAGCUCCUCAUCACUAAUUUCUUCACAUUAUUAUUGACAGUUUAUUCCAUCUUUAGUUUGGUCUGAAGAGCUGAACGUCGUCUGUUUGUCACAAGAAAUCAGCAAAAAAUCAUAAAUGAAUGAAUAUAUUUUUAUUUGUUGUCCUCAUAUCUUUGUGUGAUUUAUUUUUGGACCCUUUUCUCUCUCAUCUUCUGUAUCUGUUAAAAUAAUGAUGUGAAACCUGGUUUAACAACUUUCAUCCAAACAUAAGUUUUUAAAUUUACUCAGUCACUUGUUUUAUGAGUCAAAACAUUUUUCUUUUUCCAAUCAGUGGUUUAAAAACGCUUGUAUCCUUUUUUAAAAAUGAAUAUAUGUAGUAAAAUAAACCUAUAACUGUUCAUUUUUAAAGUCUUGACAAGUUUCUGUUGAAGGUGAUAAACAAACACAUAUUAAAAAGGUGCUAAAAAUCUAAAUAUGAACGGAGUUUGGUGCAUUAACACUGAUAGAAUCUGUUUUUACUGAACAUUUAUUAGUGAAUAUGAGUUUGUGAUGAAAUCUUUGUUACGUGUAUUUUUGUUAAUGGUGGUUUAAAACAUUUUAUUUUUUUAUUUUCUUUUGUUUAAAGCUCAUGUCAUUAAAGGGAAACGCCACUGAUUUUAGCUCCUGUGUUUGUUUCCUCGCCCUCAGACACUCUGCUCUGUGUCUGUCAUUAUUUUUUGGUGUCACAUGAAAUAAACUGACCCAAGUAGUUUUACUGUUUGUACUGAAAACAUUAAUGCAUGAGAUUAGGGCGACAGCUGAGGAUUAUUUUCAUUGUUAGUCUGUAAAAUGUCAGAAAAACAGAGGGAAUGUGCAUCAGUUUCUCAACAGUCAAAGGUGAUGUCUGUAAAAAAAGCACACCUGGAUUCAGGCAGGUUAUCCUCUUGCUCCAUCUGGAUGGGAAGCUGUGGUCUUCAGGUCUUUCUGCAGAUGUUUUGUGGGGUUUCAGUCUGGGUCACUGGGGUUCAGGUUUGUUUGUCAGGUCUGUUGCGAUGGAGCUCUGCCCACAUGGUUCAGUUUUUGUCUCAUUAGACCAGAGAAUCUUUAGAGUCCUUUAAAUGCUGUUUGGUGCGGCGGUCCAUCUCUGCAGAGGCCUGGUUACUCUACGAAGAGUCCUGACUUCUGUUUCAGGCCUCUGUUUUCCUGCUUUACAAACUCUCCCUGACCUGAACUGAGCCACGGUUUUCUCACAGAGGUCUACAGAGAGCUUGAGCUCCAUGGUUUGGUUUUUGUCCUGACAUGCAGUGUGAACACAGGCGUGUCUUUCUAAACAACCAAUCAAAUCAAUUUGCUACAGGUGGACUCGAGCUGGAGACAGUCUCAAGGAUCAUUAGAGGGAACAGGAAGCAGCUGUGUCACAGCACAGGGUCUGAAUACUUCUAGAAACCAGUUUUUGGUAAAUUUCUAAACAUGUUUUCACCUGGUCUUUGUUGGUUAUUGAGAGUAGACGGCUGGAGAAAAAUGUCACUCUUGUCCAGUGCACUUUUACACUGCAAAACGAGUUCACACAAUGCUGAUUAAGCCUGUCAGCGUCAGGUAAACCAGAGCAAGGACUGGUUGUCCAGAGCUGAAGAGUAGCAGCAGCAGCUCACAGUGAGAUGCUCGAGCAUCAGAGGAUUACAGACGAGAAACGGUGGAGAGAAGAGGGAGACGAGAGUUCUGCAGGAUUAGAUGAACAACACUUAACUCCUUAAAAACAAACUGCAACGCAAUAAAAGUCAUGAUGCAUCGUCAGCUGAUUAUCCUUUUUAUUGUUUUUAAUAGAAAGUCCAACUCUCACUGCAGGUACAAAAACAGAGAGCUGGCGUAGCAGCAGGGCUGAAUGCGUCUCUGACAGGAUCAGAUGAAAGAGGAAGAAGAGGAGGAGGAAGAUGGAGAGAGAAGAAGAAGAGAGAAAGCUAUUCCCCUGUUUUAUAAUUACAGAAAACAAAAUCAUUCCUUUUACAUUCCUUUAUCCCAGAGCUGUACAUCGAUAGACGAGGCAAAGAUCAACAUUUGUAUAUUUCAUGUGAUAUAUAAAAUAAAAGAAAAUCAAACUUUUUGUCUCAGAGCAGUGAUUUUUUUUUUUUUUGUUUUAAUCCCUUUAUGUUUUCAGACAUUCACACGACCACAGAGAGGAAGAAUCAUUCACCUAAAGAUACGCAGCGUUGAUGAAGGCGGUCAUGGUUACAGAUGAAGGGGAGAGUCACAGAAAGCUGGGUUCUUUUUUUUAGCGCUCGCUGAUUGUCUUCAGUCUCCUCGUUCAUGGAGGUUUUUUGUUUUGUUAGUUUUUUUGCAGCAGAGGCACAAACAACUUUAAACUGAUGAGACUGAACCAUGAAGGCUCUGAAUACUGGACUCUGGUUGGUCAGAGGUCGUAUCUAACAGCUGAGUGUUCCUCUAGAAAAACAACUUGUGCUGGAAUUAAAGGGCCAGUUCACCCAAACUCCAAGGAAACGACACAUUCUUGACUUUGGGAAAAAGUCUGACUAGCUUGCUUUAAACCAGAUCUUCUUGUCAUGGAGAUGGAUUUAAAUGUGAGUUAUUAUUAUCAGCCAACUCCAGCCACUGAGAACAGCCUCAAAACGUGGCUGAAAGUCAGACGUCUGCUUCUGCAGAUCUCUGAAUUUUUAAAAAUAAAUUAAUCUGACAAAAGAAAAUUACUGUUUGGCUGAAACUGGUGGAAACACAUACAUUUAUGCAGCCUGUGACGUAGGAUAAUGAGUAGUAGAAAAGACUGCAGAGGUUUUGGAGGGUUUAGAAGAAGAAAUAUGAUUUGUUCUUGUUUUCAGUCUCCAUAAAACAUGUCUGUUUGUGGAAGACUUGAACUCAGACGAUGCAGAGUGAGGCAAAUAUUUAUAUCCAGUAUUUCUCACCAAAAUUUCAUUGUCUUCCUUAUAUGACAUUUGCAUUUGCAGUCAAACUAAACCUUUAAGCAGUGCAGAGGUUCGUCUUUUAGUCAUUUGGGUGAACUAACCCUUUAAUUCCCCAGGGUUAAAGGUGGAUAUGAAGCCUGGCUACAGGUGCAGGUGCUGUUUUAUCUGCUACACAGGUGAGUUGUUAAAGGGUUUAGCUGACAGACGAUCCUCUCCAUCACAGACACCGACAGUUUGGUCACAUGGUGGAAAACGAUGCCACAAAGAGUCUGAUUCCAAAACAGACGACAGGUGGUUUAAGACUGUAAAUCACGAAAUAAACAUCCAGAAAGACAAAAAGCAUCGAUGAAGUUUUGGAAUGAAACUCUUCUUAUCGUUAAACACCCACAGCUUCUCUGAUGAAUCCCGCUCUCCUCCCAUCACCCACACUUGUGUGCUUUGUUUAUGUACAUCUCCCUCCUCCUGGACAUAUAAAAAUGCAUUGUCUUGAUUCGUAGAAACCUGAGUUGCUCGACGUUGUUUGUAUUUACAGUUCAGCUCCCUGUCGGCUGCACACGCAGAGAUGAUCGGGCGGCUCGUUACAGAAGGUCGUCCGGGUUCAAGUGUUCUCACGCCAGAGAUCGGUCGUGGAAGCAGGAAGCAGGAAGCUCUCUCGCCUUUUUUAAAAAUCCAACAGAUUGUCAGGUCGCGACAAAAGCCUCCUGUUUGUUUUGUGUGUGGGGGGGGGGG